CCUCCGGUUCGAAAGUCAACUAUUGAGAAUUUAGACGUGCAGAAUGACAAUAGAACCACAAUGUCACUAGACAUUUUUUUUAAUUAUUGAAUAAAUCUUGAUGUAGAGAUUAAUUGCAACUAUAAAAUGGCCUUAUUUUCUAACAUGAUUGCUUUAUCACAGGCAUGGAUUUUCUUUGAGCUAUUAAAUCAGGACUAUUUCUACAAUAGUAGUGUAACACAGUAGAAAGACUGAGUAGAGUCAGUAGAGUAGUCCACUAAGACUAAGUCGUCUACUAUGACUGCUAAUAGUAAUAUAUGAGUAGUAUGGGUUAUCAUGAUGCAUGACUAGACUUUAAAAGAAGACUAAGCUAUUACUAAAUUACUAGGCUCAAGAGCAGUGGUCGGCAAACUGGGGUAAAUAACUCCAAAUGGGCUAAAAAUGGAAAUAUUCUGGGUAAUAAGGGUUCAAUAACAAUAGUGUCAAUAGACUUUGAUACCAGUUCAUUGAAAAAAAUUAUAUUUGAAUAUUGAUGCAUUUUUUUUACGAAAUAUUUAUUGCAAAACUGCAUCUGGCCUAUUAAUAAUAUAGUGUUACAACGUCUACCUAUUACUAGAUUUAGUGGCAGUGGCAAUGCAGCUAGUGAUUCUAGUCUUGUUAAAUAAAGUUAUUAUUUAUUACCAAGUCAUCUUUUGCCUAGUCGCCUAUUUGAUUGAUUUUAUCUUAUGCUUAGUAGCAUCAGUAGAAUUGGUUCCACCCAGUGCGGUUUUCUCAUGGCUCAUGGUGGUGUCACCCCAUCCUCCAUACUCCUCCAUCAUGGACUUCAUCCUAGUUAGCCUGCCCUGACGGUACCCUACUUUGGUGACACCCUUCUCUUGUAUUUAACUUAUUUGUGUUAUAAAACGAACUUCAUUGAGCUCCGUCAAAUUUACUAAUAUUAAUAUUCUUUUGGUGUCAAACACCUCCACCACCCCCACCGUGAGGAGGUUUAGGGCACAUUCCAUACCCCUGCACUCUUAGUGACGCUAAGUGACAACUAAAUUUCAAGAGAUGCAAAGGUUUUCAAAAUUUUUCACUCACCAAACAUAAAAGCAAAGAAUAGAAAUCAAUAAUUUACCCCACAAACAGUACCAGCAACCAAAUUUUCUCUGAUUUAAAAAAGUCCUCAUUUUGAUAAAAAUGAAACAAAAUUUCUCCAAAAUAUGAAGUGAAACUCUUAACUUUAAGAUGUCUUUUUGUUCCAGAUCCAUAAUUCAAAAUGAUGAGGAUUUUAUUAAUUUCUUUUAACGAAUUUAUUUUGUACUUUUAUAUUUAUAAUUUAUACUGGUAAUUGUGUUCCCCAUAUAAAUGGGCUCAAUAAACCAAUUGAAAUUUAAAUUGUCUUCAUUUUUAAUAAUUUUAAUCAAGGGUACCAGCGGCAUUAAAGUACCAGUAUACAUUUUGAGGUGAUGAUUAAAAAAGUUUGCCAAUCCCUGCUCUAGACUAAGUGUAAGGCUACAUCUAGCCUUUGACCAACACAAAUUAUAACUAUCUGUACAUAAAUUUCAUAAACUUAUUAAUACCGGGUAUUUAGGCUUAUAACUUAAGCCGACUUUAUUUUAUUAUUUAUUGAGGCCUGGGUUGUGGCACUUUCUUUCAAUUUACAACCUUAAGUACUGAGUAUUAUUAUUUAAUGAGAUUAAUAAAAGUUUAUUUAUACCAACCAGCUAGACUGUACCUACUUCACUUUUAAUUUAGUUAGGCCUAAUAUAAUUUAAUAAUACCAAUUUAAAGAGAAAUCAUUUUGACAAAUCCAGUACAAUUGGAUGUUUUUUUAGAUGCUUUGAAUAUGCCAACAAAGGAGUAUAUAACUUAUAAGUCUUACCUAAGACAAAUGUCUGACAUGUGAAUUUUCAUCCUUUGAUGGUUAAUUAUUCUUUAAAUAAAGAAUAAAGUUUUAUUCUUAUUAUUGCCAUUUAGGGCUUAUAUAUAUAUAUAUGGGUUUAACUUUUAUAAGUGCAUUACAGGUACAAUAUUUUGAGUUACCGGUAAUAAAGGGUGAAACUGAAUGGAUAAUUCAUAUUGCCUAAGACUCAUAGACUUAGAAUUGGUAAUCUGGAAUGGAAUAAAAUAUAAUCUAAAAUAAAUACGUUAUUCCUGGGCGAUAAUAUAAAAAAAAAUAUCAUUAGGUAAGAUUUAGGGGCCAGCCACAAAAUCAUGUUACUUUUGUUGCUUUUGAACACCAUCCCACCCAUACCCCCCCCCCCCCCCCCCGUCAAAAAAUUUAUACAUCCUCUUACAAUGAUAAAAUAUCUCAAAUUCAUGACCUUACCCCACCAUUUUAGAUGCAUUAAUCAUUUUUGGAUGGCGUAUAACCCAAAAAAUUAAUUUGACACAAAAUUAAAAGCUUUUAAAGUACCGUAUUAGUAUACUUUGAAUCUGAUUUAUCAGUGCUUCAAAUCACUUUUUUUUUUUGUUUUUUUACUACUGUCAGAUAAUAACACUGUUUUAAUAAUAUAAAGUCCUUUCUAAUUAAUUCAGAUGUCACAGAAGAUUUUACCAUACUCUACAUUACGUGUGGCACUACGAGGACUCUCCACAUCAGCCUGUGUAUGUAAAAAUAAAAGAACUGGUGUGCCCAAGGCUACUCAAUUUAAAACCAGGCCUUUGACUUAUGAAGAAGCUCAAGCUCCCCAUUAUAUGUACCAAAGGAAAGGAUGGUUGUCAUGGAACACAAGUAAGAUAAUAUGUUGCUUCAUCUGUUUUGAGUGUGUUCCCCUUUGAUUUUUUUGGGGUGAAUUUUUGUCCUAUUUUGAUUUGAUUUUUGAUUUGGUUAUUGAAACAAUGUUGUAACGCACCUGAAAUAACUAACUGCCAAAAUGUGUCAAAAGAUCAAUAAAUACUGCUAUCACAUGAAAACUUAAGGCAGUAUUUAUUGUUCUUUAGAAUGUGUAAUUUGUAGUGCAUGGCACCAUCAUGUAACUUUAAGUUGUAAAUUCAAAAUUCUGAAAUUUGCUUGUGCUAAUGAUAUAAAACUUUUAUUUUAGCUAAUCUUUAUGAGGAAAAGAGGAUAGCGGAAACCACAUUUGAGGACUUGAUUAUACGCAAAUUCAUUUUUGGAACAUGGCAUGGUGCUUUAACAUCUGAGGUGAUAAUCAAGAGGCGGCACAAUUUAAUUGUUCUGUCUUACUUGGUUACUAUGGAAAAAACUCUGUUGCGUCAAAUUUAUUUUCUCAAAGGCUAUACAGAAGAAUUGUUGUCCACCUGGUUAAAAUGUCCAGUGAAAGUAGAAUUACAGGCAAUAGGUUCAAAGGCUGAAGUUAUAUUUAAGAAAAUUUGAAGUUUUAUUCAAGAACUUUCUAUAAUUUUCAGGCAGAAAACUAUUUUUAACUUUACCAUUAUGAGAGAUGUUCAAUUAUAGUUAUAAUUAUAGUACUUUAAUUUCCUCAAAUUCGAAAUAAAAUUCUUAAGUGAGUGAAUUUUUGUUUACUUAUUCAAGUUUUCAUUUUCAAUCUUGUGGUUUUAUCACAAUACACCAGCUGAGAACUGAAUGCACAUCUUGUAUCUGAGUGAGUGGCCAGCAAACUUUUUGUAAUACCAGUUCUAAUUCAUUCAUUGUGCCAACAAGUAAGAAUACCGAAUAAGAUUCAUUUUUUUAGUCUUUUUUUUUUUUGGUCUUCCCGG